UCUUUAUUACUGUUAUUAGUCUUUCCAGAAAUUCAUUUCCGGCUUUCUGCAUGUAAACAUUGGUAAAACUCAAGGAUCUGAAAAAGGUUGUGAAAUGCCAUCUUGAAUCUCUCAUCAUUUGAGCUUUAUAAGAAUCUCAAUCCAGACCAGCUGAAAUGGAAUCUGAAGAACAAGAGUCCUUACUGCCUCGAUCUAGACAACCCCCACCACCUGACAGGUUUAAUGCCAUUUUCAUUGUGUUCUACUUUAUUGGUAUUGGGUCGUUGCUUCCUUGGAAUUUUUUUAUUACUGCAAAUAAGUAUUUCCAGUACAAACUCAGGAAUACUUCUCUUCCCUGGGAUGAUGGAUUUUUUAAAACUGAUCUUCAGUUCAACUUUGAAAGCUCAAUUACAAUUGCAUCAACUGUGCCAAAUGUUUUGUUUAAUGUCAUCACAGCCAUUAUGGCAGCCAGAAUUCCGCUGAAAGGGAGAAUGGUGUUUUCUAAUGUUACUGUCGUAGUUUUAUUUAUGAUUACUCUAGCAUUGGUAAAAAUUGACACUGACCACUGGCAGACAAUUUUUUAUUCCAUAACUUUGUUGUCAGUGGUUAUUCUGAGUGCUGCAAGCUCUGUGUAUAUGGCUUCCAUGUUUGGCUUAGGAGGGAUGUUUCCUAUCAAGUACAUGCAAGCUGUCAUGAGUGGACAGGCUGUAGGAGGAGUGUUUGCAGCUGUGGCCAAUAUUUUAUCAAUAGCACUCAGCGGGUCUGAUGAAAGAGACAGUGCUUUUGUGUUCUUUACUAUAGCAACAGUGACAAGUCUUAUAGCUCUAGUGGGAUACCUUACUCUCUAUACAAAUGAUUUCUCAAGAUAUUACAUAUAUUAUCAAGAGGAGCAGGUAAUAUCUGUUAGUCCACCUGAAGAAUCUGAGGAGGAUGAUACAGUUGUUUUGAACAAGGAAAGCAGUGUACAAAAUACCAAUACAGACACUAGAUCACCUUAUCGAGUUGUUUUUGAAAAAAUCUGGCUGGACAGUUUAGGAGCAGGCUCUGUGUUCUUCGUCUCUCUGACAUGUUUUCCUGCCCUAGCUUCAGCUAUCGUGUCCACUAUGGAUGUCUCCAGUGUCUGGAAAGAUCAGUAUUUCAGUGCAGUUGUAUGCUUCCUUCUGUUCAAUAUGGGAGACUGGUGUGGGAGGGCUACAGCUGGUGCCAUUAGAUGGCCAAAUGAACACCAUAGAAAGAAAAUUCUUCUUGUUUGUGCAAUAAGGAUAGUCUACAUUCCACUUAUCAUAAUGUGCAACAUUCAACCUAGAAAGAAUGAAAAUUGGACAGUAUUUAAGAGUGAUUUUGCCCCUUUGGUAUUCAUUCUUACUCUUGGACUUACCAAUGGAUAUUUCUCCACAUUGUGUAUGAUGUAUGGGCCAAAGAGGGUAGAAAAUAGAUAUGCAGAAUAUGCAGGGACGUUUAUGUCGGUUGCUUUGACAGUGGGAUUAGCUGCUGGAUCACUUCUAGGGUUUUUCCUGAUAAGGAUAGUGUAAUUCUAGUCAGCUCAAAGACAAUGCUAAUCUAACAAAAAAUCUCUUCUUUAAUUUGGCUAUUUCUGUCUUAAUAAUAAAUGCUAUUAGUAAUCUCACAUAUUCAAGGAUAUAAAAUAUCUUUAUUAACCUGGACAUUUGAUCAUAUAUUCUGUGGGUUUUGAAUCUCCUUAUAGACCUUCUUGAAACAUUAUUGAUAUAUGUAUUCGGUUAUUUUAUUAUAUACCUAAUGUGUAUCACUCAAUUUUUACUGUUGAUUUUUUGCAAUCUCAAGUGACAUCGUGAUCCGACUUUCCGGAUCACCACACUGUGGUUUUCUGAAUCCAUAUCACCACUCUCUGAAACUCAUGAUUUAGUAGACAGAAAUAUGACGAUAUUUUUCUUGCGCGUUAAAAAGUCCCUUGUUAUUAUGCUUUGUUUUAUGAAUAGAUAUUAUACAAUUCAUCUGUUAAGUUUUAUUUUGCUAGUUAUAAGGGGUAUAUAAUAAAUUUUUCAUUAUAACGGUAACUUGAUCCGAAGAGCCAUAUCACAUCUCGUUGACAGGCGCGGAUCAUUAUAUUAAACUCAACGCUUCAUGUCUCCUUUGAUCUGAUGAUCCGCGCUUGUCAACUCGACAUGAUACGACCCUUCGGAUCAAGUUACUGUAAUGAUAAUAAUAUAUAUGUAAAUAAUCUCUUAUUUAGAAGGAUACAAAAUCUCUUCAACAUGGACAUUUAGUCAUGUAUUCUGUUGGCUGUGAACCUUUUAAUACGAGAUUUUUUUUAAAACCUUAUUGAUAUUUGUCUCGUGUAUUUGUAUAAAAGUGUAAAGGAAUGAUUUUCAGCAUUCAUUUUUGCAUGGAGGGAUUUUUUUUUAUUGUUAACUAAAAAAUUAAUAAAUUUUCAAUAUAA